GACGCGCACUUCCUGUGACGCAGAGAAACGCGGUAAAACGAUAUUCCGGUUUGUAGAAGCAGGGCAGCAGCAUGGCAUCCAACAGCACCAUGGCGAACGUAAACGGGCGAGAGACCGACUCGCCUAACGGGGAGCCGGUUGUGAAGCGGCCACGGGAGAGUACCCAGCAGGAGUCGUCGCUCCCCGUCCCGAAGGAGCCUCAGAACAAACUGACCGUUGUGCUCGGAGCGCAGUGGGGCGACGAGGGCAAAGGGAAAGUUGUGGACUUGCUCGCGAUGGAUGCGGAUAUUGUAUGCAGGUGUCAGGGAGGAAACAAUGCAGGUCACACAGUGGUUGUGGACUCUGUGGAGUACGACUUCCACCUGCUGCCCAGUGGAGUGCUCAACAAAAAGGCUGUCUCCUUCAUCGGCAACGGAGUGGUGAUACACCUACCUGGUCUAUUUGAGGAGGCUGAAAAGAACCUGCAGAAAGGCAAAGGAUUACAAGGAUGGGAGGACAGAUUGAAGAUUUCUGAUCGUGCCCACAUUGUGUUCAACUUCCAUCAAGCCGUUGAUGGAAUCCAGGAGCAACAGCGGCAGCAACAAGAAGGGAAAAAUUUGGGAACCACCAAAAAGGGUAUUGGUCCUGCCUACUCCUCCAAAGCGGCUCGGAACGGUCUGCGAAUCUGUGACCUUGUCUCAGAUUUCAAGGUUUUUGAAGACAAGUUUCGUAUGUUGGCAGAACACUUCCUGACCAUGUAUCCAAACCUUAACGUUGACAUUGACAGUGAACUGGAGCAGCUGAAGGGAUACGCUAAGAGGCUGCAUCCUCUGGUGACUGACGGUGUGUAUUUCAUGCACAAAGCUCUUACUGGACCCAGUAAGAAGAUCCUGGUAGAGGGAGCCAAUGCUGCUCUCCUGGAUAUUGACUUUGGGACGUAUCCUUUCGUGACGUCUUCUAACUGCACUGUGGGAGGAGUGUGCACCGGCCUUGGCGUGCCCCCAUCCUACAUUGGCCGAGUAUACGGUGUUGUUAAAGCGUACACCACCCGGGUGGGCGUUGGUGCUUUCCCAACAGAGCAGGAUAAUGAGAUCGGGGCGCUGUUACAGUCUAGAGGGAGAGAGUUUGGUGUGACGACAGGCAGAAAGAGGCGUUGUGGGUGGCUGGACCUGAUUUUGGUCAGAUACGCUCACAUGGUCAAUGGCUUUUCUGCAAUUGCCCUGACCAAGUUGGACAUUUUGGACAUGUUGCAUGAGAUUAAAGUCGGUGUGGCCUACAAAAUUGAUGGAAAGCUUCUGCCAUGUUUCCCCGCAAACACAGACGUUUUGACGCAGGUGUCGGUGGAAUACGUGACGUUGCCUGGCUGGUGCUGCAGUACUGAGGCGGCUCGGAGCUUUGAGGAGCUGCCGUCACAGGCACAAAAAUACAUUCGGUUCAUUGAGGAUUUCCUGCAAGUGCCAGUGAAGUGGGUUGGAGUCGGCAAGUCCAGAGAGUGCAUGAUCAAACUGAACUGAUCCCUCUGCAAUUUCCACAUCUGUAGUCCUCCUCAAGGACAGCUCAGAUGAUAACUUCAGGUUUGCCAGAGGAGUUUAUAAUGAAUCCGACAGGAAAUACUUCACCAGCAAGGCUAUUUUGGAAACUUACAGUUGCUGCUUGUGCAUUACUUUUACAGCAAUUCUUCAUUGAUAUAAUUUAUGCAUUCCACAGUGUUUUCUAUAUUUAUUAGAGUGGUGAUUUUUAAAACCUGGUGUAAAUGGAUUGAUUGUUGUUUAUUCCAUUCCACAGUAAAGCUCAUAGUUUAUUUUUUUUUAGCAUUUGAAACUAAUUCAUCUUAAUUGACUGUUCACCAUGUUAGUUUUCUUUUUUUUUAACAUAUAUUUCAAGAACCAUUGAAGAACAGAUGUAGAAGCCCUUGUACUAAAGGGUGUCACAAUAAAGCAAGUGAUUGUUUUUAGAUUUUGUAAAGAGAUGCAUCUCAGUUUUUAAGUUUGUGACAGUAUUUUCAUAAGGAUUGUUGGAAUGAAUACUGUGCUUUCUAAAUCAUCCUCAAUGCAGAUAAAUCAACACUAAGGAAAUUGACUUUAAGUAGAUCAUAUCUUCAGAUUAACAAAAGAAAAGUAAGUAGAAAUUCAACGUCCGCGUAGAGACAUUGGUAUUUGUGUAGAUCUAAAGAAAACGGUGGGCACUAAUGCACCAGAGCACAUCUUAGUAUGUUUUCUAUGACAUUUCAUUCAUUUUGUCAAUAAUGUAAAAGACUUUUAUUCAGCUUGCUAUUAUCAAUAAAAUGGAACAUUUAGUGUUU